CUCUCUCUGUAAUCUUUUAGAAGAGAAUAAGUUGAUAGACGUCUGGGAAGAAAUUUGUCACCCCCCUGCAACUGUUAUACUGUCUACAGUUGUGAUUGCAUGAGUGUGGCAAACCGGUAUCUCGCGGUCAGUAGGCGACCUCUCGUGACCAAACCUGGUAAAACAGUCCGUUCUGAUAUAGACUAAAAGAAUCUUUUAGGAAAACCCCUACAAGAAAAGUGGGAGGGACCUUUCCAAGUGCUGCUGACUACCUUCACCGCGGUUCGGAUCAAGGAGCGACCUACGUGGAUCCAUUACUCACGAGUCAAGAAAGCUCCGGAGAAUAAACAAGAGGAGCAGACAUCAUGAUCCUGACUUCACCGCAGAUCUUCACAACCCUGAUCAUUGGACUAAUGAUAAGUAUAGUUCUUCCCCAAGGCUCUGUCUCAAUAGACCCAUGGUCUAAUGCACACCAGUGUAUCCACCCGGAGUUGGAAACGGGACCGAAGGGGCCCUACUUUGAGGUGUAUGCCUUACGUAACAAUCAGCCAUAUGCGAGUAAAGUAUGGGAUCAGCCCUCCAUGGUAGCGUACGAGGGAGACCAAAUUCAAGUCGGGUGUCGAGAGCUUGACCCAAUAGAAGGAAAAACAAGGCGGCUGGUAUUAACAAUUCAACCCUUGAUGGCAGCCUCUGAACACAACUUAAUCACCUUUAGUCCAGUGAAAAUGGGGAAACCCACUGUCUGGAUUCAGCAAAAGGGCCCAAUUUCAUGCCAGUGGAGUGACUUCAGGGGAGAUCCACCCGGAUCACAACCCCGAAAUUCAGUAGUUUUUAGAGAAGAUCCGCUUGGGGAAAUACAUCCUGAAAACAUAACCCUUGACUUACACCCUCUUCUCUUUUCUGCGGGAAAGAUUGUAGCAUCUAAUGGUCCUGAGGAAGGGAAAGCACAGUGUGAGAUGGCAUUUAGAUUGGAACAGUCGAUGACGUUCACAUGUGAAAGGGAGCUGAAAGCCCUGGAAAUGGGUUUUGGCUUCCCUAAGCGUGCUGUCGCAUAUAAGGUAGCAUUACCGGAAGACGUGAUUCCAUUGUAUCCAGAUCUAGACUUGCCCCAAGAAACCACUCCACCGGUGGUAUGUAAAGUAGUACAUAACCUAACCUUUAUAGGGCCUCAGGUGAUAAGAAAAUCUAACGAACAAAAAUUAUUGUUAGACCCCACUUAUUCCCUGAAAAAGGUGCAGAUGAACUUCCACACCGAUAUUACGUAUUUGCAGAAGGAUUGCCAACCGUUUAUAAAGCAAAGCCUUAAGGGAUGGAAUGCAUGGCUAGCAACAAGGUCUCAUCAUAGAAGAGCACAAAGAGAUUUGAGUGGGUGGAUUGGCACUGGAUUUGGUAUAUUAAACACGAUAGAUCAAGAAGUAUUAGUGAAUAAAUUAAGUACCGUCACGUCGAACUUAGGAAAACUAAAAAUGCCCCUCAGUUCAUCCAUGCUUACAUUAGCAGAAACACAAUCGCUAGUAGCAAAAUUGCUAACCAUGGUAGCAAACCACACUGAAGAGGAUUUUUUGAAGUUCGCUAACUAUACAGGGGAACUUAGCAAGGAAAUUGCAUUAGCUAUCCAGUGCCCUCAGACACAACAAUGGGUACAAUCAGUAGCGGCAGGAAUACUGAGAGAAGGAACGUCAGGUAUAUUACCUCAGGAAAUAAGAGAAACAAUAUUAAAGGAUGAUCAUACUACACAAUUUGAGAAGGACCACCAAGCCUGGUGGCAAUUAGUAAAUUUCACUUAUGAGCCUCAACAGGAACACAUCGAAGCCUAUGUCCUUACCAUUAGUGCAGCAGAGGAAAGAGCUAUCUUUCCUAUCCUCACUCUAGGGACAAUACAUCAAGAUGUUAUUGUCAGGCCAAUAGACCAUAAUGUCUGGGCUAGUUAUGAUAAUACCAAAAAUAGGUGGCAAUCGGUUAGCACAGAAGCAUGUAUUCCUAGAGGACAAUUAGGCUAUGUUUGUGAAAACGCUGUAGUAGAAGCAGAAGAUCUAUGCUUAGAUGCCGAGAACAGUGUAUGUACCUUUGAAAUGCUUCCGCAUAAUAAAACACAAUCACAAGUUUAUUAUAUAGGGAAUGGGUGCGCUUGCGUGAGGACAGCUUGUGACAAUGUCACCAUAGAUAAUUGCCAAGAAAAGACUAAUAAUACUAACUUCUGUGUAUGCAACUUCACCAAGAUAGUAGGUUGUGAUUUUCAUUAUACUGUCCCAAUAACUACUCAACAGCUAAUUAACGCAGAUUUCGACCUAUAUCAAGAGAUACCGAAAUUACAAAUAGGGAUGGACAUCGAAGUUCUUAAAGCAAUGCUCACACAUCCUAAAGUAAAGGAAUUGAUACAAAAGGUAAAUCAAACAACAAAACGAAUGGUAUGGCAGGUAGAACAUAAUUCAGAAAAAAUAAAGAAUGUCCUGACUAAAGUAGAACAAGUAGGCCAGCAUCAUUGGUGGGAUAUCUUUGUGGGAUACUCCCCAACAGCUAUACAAGUCUUUAACUAUUUGGUGCACCCAAUGCUGAUAAUAAUCAUAGUUCUGUUACUAUUAACUCUCACAAAUAUUUGUACGUGGUGGCGACUGAGAAUCAUAAUGAAAAGAACCCAAAUGAUCUGGGCUAUGGUAUGA